AGGCAAACAGACCGAUGUUGACAAAUGUCAGUCAAGUUGAAAUGAAAAUGAAAAUGUAAUUUUUAAUAUUUUGCAGAUCAGAUAGAAAAAUCAUGUUUUUUAGAAAAUUUUCUUUAGAGUUACGACAUAAUUUGAAAUUUGCUCGCAUGUAUCCUCCAUUAGAGCUUAUGAAACAUACAUCAGUCAAGGUGGAAUAAAAGUAUUCAAUUAAUAAAAGUAGUUCAAUAAAUCUGAAUUUGUACAAUUCAGGGCGUCAUGAUGGAAUAUGAGUACGGUUCUUUUAGAAAAGAAUCAGAUUUUCACAACAAAUGUUGCGGUGGAAUGUUAUGGUGCAUUAGAGAUAUUUGCGGAAUUAUAUGUGCAAUUUUAACAUGGUUAUUGAUAUUAUAUGCAGAGUUUGUUGUUAUGUCUGUUAUACUCAUUCCAAGCCCUUAUCCAAUUUACAGUAUUGUUCAUAUGGUUAUAUUCCAAUUAUGUGCAUUUUUAGCAAUAACAUCACAUCUAAAAACUAUGUUUACAGAUCCUGGAGCAGUUCCCAAAGGAAAUGCUACCAAAGAAAUGAUUAAACAGAUGGGGUUUAGAGAAGGACAAGUGAUAUUUAAGUGUCCAAAAUGUUGUAGUAUUAAACCAGAUAGAGCCCAUCAUUGUUCAGUUUGUCAAAGGUGUAUUAGAAAAAUGGACCAUCAUUGUCCAUGGGUAAAUAAUUGUGUAGGAGAAAAUAAUCAAAAAUAUUUUGUUCUUUUUACACUUUAUAUCGCCACCAUAUCACUACAUUCGCUCUUUCUGGCCAUCGAUCAGUUUCUAACGUGUAUUCGGCACGAAUGGAAAGAUUGUACAACAUAUUCACCUCCCGCGACAGUGGUACUGUUACUUUUUCUUAUGUUCGAAGCGCUGCUAUUUGCCAUAUUCACAGCAGUGAUGCUCGGUACGCAAGUGCAAGCAAUAUGGAAUGACGAGACUGGAAUUGAACAACUUAAAAAAGAAGAGGCUCGAUGGGUGAAGAAAUCGCGAUGGAAGAGUAUUCAGGCUGUGUUCGGACGUUUUUCGUUAUUGUGGUUUUCGCCUUUCGCUAGACCUUCACCUAAGUUUAAGCAUGAAAGUGAUUUGUAUGCUGUUUAAGUUAUUUAUAUACAUAUUAAUUUUAUUUAAUUAAAGCUUUUUGGUAAUUUAUGGAAUUUAUACAUAAUAUUAAGUACCUAGAAAUUUUUUCCUACAAAACAGGCAUAUUUAAAAUUAAAUUUAUAUGUCAAGUACUUAGUAAAAAUAAAGUACAAAUCGUU